AUGGAGAAAUGUGGUGCUGCUUGUAGCUUUUCUGAAGCCAGCACUGUGGAUCCAGCUGUUGGUCUGGAGAUGGCUUCCCAGACUAAAAACUCACACCUGCCUAAGGACUGUUUUGGAGAAAAUUGUGGUAAAUGUUUCCCAUGUUGUGUAGUGGAUAUCACUAAGUUUCCAGGCAGAACUUGGUGGAACUUCAGGAAAACCUGCUACAGAAUUGUUAAUCACAGCGGGUUUGAAUAUUUUAUGAUUUUUGUGACAGUAUUGAGCAGCGCAGCACUGGCAUUUGAAGAUAUUCACCUGCACAAGAGAAAAACACUGAAAAUUGUCCUCGAUUAUGCUGACAAAAUAUUUACCUACAUCUUUUUGAUGGAGAUACUUCUGAAAUGGGUAGCUUAUGGAUUGCACAGUUACUUCACAAAUUCCUGGUGUUUGUUUGACUUCGUCAUUGUAUGUCUGUCAUUUGUUUCCUGGGGACUGAAUCCUGAUUCCAAAGAUUCCUGUUCCUCUAAGAGUGGCCUGAAAUCUCUCAGGACUCUUAGAGCAUUGAGGUCUCUACGAGCUUUGUCAAGAUUUGAAGCAGUAAAGGUUUUUUUCAAUGCACUCCUCGGAGUUAUCCCCUCAAUCUUCAAUAUUUUGCUCGUCUGCGUUGUCUUUUGGCUCCUAUUUAACAUUCUAGGAGUAAAAUGGUUUGGGAAAAGAUUUUCAAAAUGCAUUCUCCAGGAAGGAGAUAUCAGUCUCAUUAAUAACAAAAAUGAUUGUUAUGCCUAUGGUGGAAAUUGGACAAAUUAUCCUGUAAACUUUGAUAAUGUUUGGAUGGGAUACUUGGCUCUGCUCCAAGUGGCAACUUUUAAAGGUUGGAUGGAGAUUAUGUAUGCAGCAGUGGAUUCACGUGGGAUCGAUGAACAACCAAAGUUUGAAGCAAGCUUACACAUGUACAUAUACUUUGUGGUUUUCAUUAUUUUUGGAUCUUUCUUCAUGCUGAACCUUUUUGUUGGAGUGGUUAUCAACAAUUUUAACCAACAAAGGAAAAAGAUAAGUGGAAAAGAUCUAUUUUCAUCUAAGGAACAGAAAAGGUACUAUAAUGCCUUAAAAAAGCUUGGAUCCAAGAAACCUCAAAAACCCAUCCCAAGACCAUCGAAUGCGUUCCUGGGAUUGCUGUUUGAUAUUGUAAAGCACAAAACAUUUGACAAUACCAUUGUGAUUUUCAUCUUCCUAAAUACGGUUGUUAUGAUGGCAGAAAAUAACCAGGAAGGCACCAAGGAAGUUCUUAAUAAAAUCAACUAUUUUUUUGUGGCUGUAUUUACGGCAGAAUGUGUCAUAAAAAUACUGGCCUUAAGACAGCACUACUUCAAAAGCAUCUGGAACUUAUUUGAUUUUAGUGUUGUGGUCCUUUCAAUAGUCAGUAUUGGAGUUUCUGAAGCCUUCCAAAGAUUCUUCUCUCCUACACUUUUGAGAACCAUUCGCUUGGUGCGAAUUGGCCGAAUCCUGAGAUUGGUUCGAAAAGCGAGAGGAAUUCGAACCCUUCUGUUUGCAUUAGUGAUGUCUCUUCCUGCACUGAUCAAUGCUGGCCUUUUGCUUUUCCUGAUUAUGUUUAUUUAUGCCAUUGUGGGCAUGGCAAACUUUGCCUGUCUUCCCUGGGAAGGUGGGAUUGAUGACAUUUUCAACUUCCAAACCUUUUCUGGUAGCAUUCUCUGUCUCUUUCAAAUUACAGCAUCAGCUGGGUGGGAUAGUCUUCUGGUCCCUUUGUUAAGUGAAUCUGGUGCAUGUGCUCCCAACUUAGAUAAAAAGAAGGAAGAUAAAACUAAUUGCUCAAAUAGAAUGUUUGGUAUUUUCUAUUUUGGAAGCUAUGUCACUAUCUCAUUUCUUAUUGUUGCAAAUAUGUACACAUAUGUCAUUUCAGAGAACUUCAAUGUUGCCGCUGAAGAAAGCACAUAUCUUCUUUCUGACUAUGACUUUGAUAUGUUUUAUGAGACAUGGGGAAAAUUUGAUCCUCUGGCAACAGAAUUUAUUGACUAUUCUGCCCUUUCAGACUUUGCAGAUGCUCUGGCAGAACCUUUGCGCAUUCCAAAGCCUAAUAACAUCCAGCUCAUAUCCAUGGACCUCCCUAUAUUUAGUGGAGAUAAGAUCCACCACUUGGAUAUCUUGCUUGCUUUCACUAAAAGGGUCCUAGGAGAUUUUGGACAUUUAGACAGUCUUGAAUUAUUCAUGAAAGAAAAAACUGUCAUUGGAAAUCCAAUUUCUUCCACUCUUAAACGAAAACAAGAGGAGGUAUCAGCAGUUAUUAUCCAAAGGGCCUUCAGGAGGUAUUUGAUACAGCGUUCUUUCAAAAAUGCAUCUUUCUUUUGCCGUCACAGACGUUACAGUGCUGUCUUUGGAGAAGAAACACGGAAGAAGCAAAGGCUUAUUGUAUCAAUGCUUAAUGAAAGUAGUGGCAGGAAGAUACAUAAACCACGACCUGUUUCUUCCACAUCCCUCCCUUGACUUUAUGAUGCUAUUGCUGAAACAGACAGAAAUAAGCUGGACACAUAAGGUUACCCCAGGCUGCAGCAUUUUUGACAUGUAAACCAAAGUCACUUAUUUCAGA